GAGGCGAACUCCACUGCGCCGCGGAAUUGCGCUUUUCGCUCCAGAGACGCGUCCCGCUCGGACACCCGCAAGAGAAAUUGCUCCCGGCGAGUCGUUUCACCCCGAAACAUGUCAUCGACGGGCAAGGACGCCAACAGCGGGCAUUACGCCAACUAUGUGGGACCGUACCGCCUGGAGAAGACGCUGGGCAAAGGACAGACAGGUCUGGUGAAGCUCGGCGUCCACUGUGUCACGUGUCAGAAAGUCGCCAUAAAGAUUGUCAACAGAGAAAAGCUCAGCGAGUCGGUUCUCAUGAAGGUGGAGCGGGAGAUAGCCAUUCUGAAACUCAUAGAGCAUCCCCACGUUUUAAAGCUGCAUGACGUCUACGAAAACAAGAAAUACCUGUACCUGGUGCUAGAGCAUGUGUCCGGCGGGGAGCUUUUCGACUACCUGGUGAAGAAGGGCCGGUUAACACCUAAAGAGGCCAGAAAGUUCUUCAGACAGAUCAUCUCAGCCCUGGACUUCUGCCACAGCCACUCCAUAUGCCACAGAGAUUUGAAGCCCGAGAACUUGUUGUUAGACGAGAAGAACAACAUCAGGAUAGCAGACUUCGGCAUGGCGUCUCUGCAGGUCGGGGACAGUCUGCUGGAGACCAGCUGUGGAUCUCCGCACUACGCCUGCCCAGAGGUUAUCAGGGGGGAGAAGUAUGACGGCAGGAAAGCAGAUGCGUGGAGCUGUGGAGUCAUCCUGUUUGCACUUUUAGUGGGCGCUCUGCCUUUCGACGACGACAACCUGAGGAACCUUUUGGAGAAGGUGAAGCUGGGAGUUUUCCACAUGCCUCACUUCAUCCCUCCAGACUGUCAGAACCUCCUGCGCGGGAUGAUUGAAGUGGACGCCACCAAGAGGCUGACGUUAGAGCAGAUCCAGAAGCAUACGUGGUACCUAGCUGGAAAGAACGAGCCAGAGCCGGAGCAGCCCGUCCCCAGGAAGGUGGCCAUCAGGACGCUGGCUUCGGCCGAGGAGAUCGACCCGGACGUCCUGGAGAGCAUGCACUCUCUGGGCUGCUUCAGAGACAAGGAGAAACUGACCAAAGACCUGCUGUCUGAGGAUGACAACCAGGAGAAGAUGAUCUACUUCCUGCUGCUGGACCGCAAGGAGAGAUAUCCGAGCCACGAGGACCAGAACCUGCCGCCACGCAAUGAGAUCGACCCUCCCAGGAAGCGCGUGGACUCGCCCAUGCUGAGCCGCCACGGCAAGCGGAGGCCGGAGAGGAAGUCCAUGGAGGUGCUGAGCGUCACGGAGGGAGGGUCUCCGGUGCCGGUGCGACGAGCCCUCGACAUGGCGACCCACGGCCAGAGGUCGCGGUCGAUCAGCGGAGCGUCCUCCGGUCUGUCCACCAGUCCUCUCAGCAGUCCCAGGGUGACCCCCCACCCCUCCCCCAGAGGGAGCCCCCUCCCCACCCCCAAGGGCACCCCGGUGCACACGCCCAAGGACAGCCCGGCCGGCACGCCCAGCCCGACACCGCCGCCCAGCCCGUCUAUCGGCGGGAUGCCCUGGAGGACGCGGCUCAACUCCAUCAAGAACAGCUUCCUGGGGUCGCCGCGCUUCCACCGCAGGAAAAUGCAAGUUCCCACCCAGGAGGACAUGUCCAGCCUCACCCCAGACUCCUCUCCAGAACUGGCGAAGAAGUCAUGGUUCGGGAACUUCAUCAACCUGGAGAAGGAGGAGCAGAUCUUCAUUGUGAUCAGAGACAAACCUCUGAGCUCCAUAAAGGCCGACAUCGUCCACGCCUUCCUCUCCAUUCCCAGUCUGAGCCACAGCGUCAUCUCUCAGACAAGUUUCCGGGCCGAGUACAAGUCCACAGCCGGGCCGACGGUGUUCCAGAAGCCGGUGAAGUUCCAGGUGGACAUCACCUACACCGAGAGCACCAGCGCCACCAAGGAGAACGGCAUCUACUCCGUCACCUUCACCCUGCUGUCAGGUCCCAGCCGACGUUUCAAGCGUGUGGUUGAGACCAUCCAGGCCCAGCUGCUCAGCUCCAACGACCAGCCCGGCAUCCAGCCGCAGAUCUCUGAUGGCUCUCAGCGCUCAGCCUCUUUGCCCAGUAAAUCCUCCAAGCGUGGCAGCCCGUUGAGUAACUUCUUUGACGUAAUUAAACAGCUUUUUUCAGACGAGAAGAACCUCCAAGCGUCCCACUCCCCCGGCGCCCCCGCCACGCCUAGCUCCCCCACCAAGCAUGCCCCCAGCAGCAAGCCCAACCAGCCCCCGCCCAAUGACUCUAAAUGCCCCCCCGGCAAAGACAAAACAAAGACGGCCGCCAGCAACAGGACACAGGAACAACCUUAAGGAGCGGUAGCUGUUGCAUGACUAGCAGUAAUCAGGUCAUUAAACAGAGGAGCGCUGCUAACUUUUGCCCUUUAGUUAGGAGAGAAAAACAGAAAACAGAUCUACUUUUUGCCUCUAACUUUUGUACUGUAU